UCCACCGUCUCCAUGACGCCCGGCAAACAUUCCCGUGCCCUUCGCCAGAGCCUAACGCCGGCUUUGGGGUACAGGGGCUUCAGAAGCAGCGAGGAAAAAGGGCGGUUGACCAUUCCCCAGCCAGUCGCCACCAUGCCCAUCUCUCCAGUAAACAGCCGCAGGCAGCCGAGCGUCGGGGUAAACGUUGGCUUAGCGCCAAGGAAGUCUAUUAGCUUUGUUGGUGCAGGCAAAGGAGCUCUAAUGAAAGGCGGAUAUGCUGGUGCAAACCAAAGCAGAAUGGCUAUGUCAAAAAACAUGAUGAUUCUACCUGAAGCAAAACAAGUAGAAAAAAUGACUAUUUCCUCUGCAAAGACAAUCACACAGGUGACUGAUAUAAAUGGAGUUGAUGUUACUCCCAGACCUCUUUACCGUCCAGAUCCAUAUUCCAGUACAGGAAAGCCAAAUAAGCUAUUGACUUCACAAGACGGAUCACAUACAUCAGACUUUAUAGCUUCCUAUAGCCUUUAUCAGAAUACAAUAAAUCCCAGUAUGUUAGGGCAGUUUACCAGGUCAGUUUUAGGAAGCAGCACAGUUUCUAAGUCAACUGUAUCCACUACUGAAUCAAUGGCAGAAGACCUAGAAGAACCGUCCUUUAAACGGGAAAGAUUGUCUAGUCUUACAGAUUUACAAGUUAUGAGGGCAACACCUGGAAAAAUUAUAACAAAAGAAGACCUGGAGAAGACUAUAGAGAUAAUUCUCACAGAGACAGAAACAAUGAACUUUUUAAAUCUACCAACAGUUAUGUUUUCUGUAGAAUCUGAAGAAGCUGAGAAAGUAAGCCAGAGAAACAAGAACUAUGAGACUCUUUGUCGAAAUAGAUUGGGCAAUGACUUAUAUGUAGAAAGGAUGAUGCAGACUAUUAAUGGAGCACCAAAGAAUAAAGACGUUCAAUGUGACAAAAUCUUGAAAGAAGAAAAAGGUAUAAUGUCCACGGCUUGGGAUUUGUAUGAUUCUUACAAUGCUGUGGAGCUUUCAUCUUUACCACCAAAACGACCUAUGAUUGACUCAAGUAGUAAAGCAAGUGUACCUUCAAAAGACUGGGAACAAUCAGUGCCAGGGAGUAAUUUAGAAAAAAUUAGUGAAGGUAGUUCUCUAAUGGAUAUUGAAAAUGUAAUUCUGGCUAAAGUUCGUGAUGAAGAAGAAGACAACUCAGAUGCAGUCUUUAAAUCUGACAAGUUUCAACAGGACUUAUUUUUUAUGGAACGAGUUAUAAUGGAAAAUAUAUUUCAGCCAAAACUUGCAGCUUAUCGUCAGCUUCCUAUUUUAAAAGAACCAGAACCUGAAGAGCCUGGAGACUUUUUAGUAGAUGGAAAACUUGAAGAGGUCGAAGAAGAGGCUAAGAAGGAAGAGGAAGAAGAUUUAGAAAUAGAUUCAGAACAAUCAACAAUACCAGCCAAUUUGGAACGACUUUGGUCCUUUUCCUGUGACCUAACCAAAGGCCUUAACGUGAGCAGCCUUGCCUGGAAUAAAGCAAAUCCAGACCUUUUGGCUGUUGGCUACGGACACUUUGGAUUUAAGGAGCAAAAAAGAGGAUUGGCCUGCUGCUGGUCAAUAAAGAACCCCAUGUGGCCAGAGCGUACUUAUCAGAGUCCAUAUGGAGUUACUGCUGUGGAUUUUUCAAUUGGCUCACCUAACCUUUUAGCAGUUGGCUAUCACAAUGGCACUAUUGCAAUUUAUAAUGUACAAAACAACAGUAACCUUCCAGUUCUGGAUAGUAGUGAAUCACCUCAGAAACACUUGGGACCUGUAUGGCAACUGCAGUGGAUAGAACAAGAUCGAGGGACAACAGGUGAUGACAAAAGAGAAAUACUAGUUUCUAUAUCAGCGGAUGGAAGAAUCUCUAAAUGGGUUAUACGGAAAGGACUGGACUGUCAUGAUUUGAUGCGCUUGAGGCGAAUGACUGCUAGCACCAGCAAAAAAGGAGCAGAAAAGGAAAAGAAAGGUGAAGCUUUGAUAUCUCGACAGGCUCCUGGAAUGUGUUUUGCUUUUCAUCCCAAGGACACAAAUAUCUAUUUGGCUGGUACUGAAGAAGGUCAUAUUCACAAGUGUUCCUGUUCAUAUAACGAACAAUAUCUAGAUACCUACAGAGGACAUAAGGGACCAGUGUAUAAAAUAGCAUGGAACCCAUUUUGCCAUGAUGUUUUCUUAAGCUGUUCUGCAGAUUGGGGUGUUAUUAUAUGGCAACAUGAGAAUCUCAAACCAUUUUUGAGUUUUUAUCCAACUACUUAUGUUGUUUAUGAUAUUGCCUGGUCUCCAAAGUCAUCCUACAUAUUUGCAGCUGCAAAUGAGAGCAGAGUGGAGAUUUGGGACCUUCACAUCAGCACUUUGGACCCUCUGAUUGUCCAUGUUGCUAACCCUGGAAUCAAGUUCACAACUGUUCUUUUUGCUAAGCAAACAGAUUGCCUUCUGGUGGGAGAUAGCGAUGGACAAGUUGCUGUAUAUGAAUUAAAAAAUAUGCCCACUACUUUGGACUCUAACAGGGGAGACGUAAUAGUGACUUUGCUUGGGCCCAAGUCAAGUCAAGCAUAAUUCAUCAUCAGUAGUAGAACAAUGUUUAAUAACCAGCAGUCUGGUUUGUAUGAAGUAGGCUGGGAUUUUGAUUAUAGAAAACACUACUUGAUGUAUAACUUCCAUCUAAAUUUAAUUUACUUCAGAUAAAUGUAAUUAGUUUUAUUAUUUGAGCUAACUGUAAGAGUUUCAUUGUAUUUUUCUUAAUUUUUGAAAUUUAUUUCUAUUCUUUUUCUUUGUCAUAUUCCAAGUACAUUAUAAGUAGAAAUAUGUACUUGUAAAAUAUCCAAAUAGGUUAGAAAUUGUUAUUCCUUUAGAAGCAAAGCUUAUGAAGUAUUAGGAUUACUUAAAACACAAUCUUUAUUAAGACAAAAGGUCCAUACACUUUUAACUUUCUGCUUUCUGAGCUCUGUUUUCCAGUGUUUAUAAAUUAUGCAGAUGUUAGCAUUAUGAGAAUAUUGGAUAUUCAUACCCAAUUUUAAAUAAGAACUUUAUAUUCUUAGAUCUGAGAGGUAUAGCUAUAGAACUGAGUUAGACUAUUUGACUAGCAAAAGACAUGACAGCCAAUGUCAGAAUUGCAUUGUUUGGCCAGCAGGCAUCACACUCCCAAUUCAGAAAUAAGAACUAGCCUGGGACACAUCAGGGCAUUCUUCUCUGCAUCCUUCAGAAUCUGCUCUGGGUUUUAAGCCCAGACUAAAGUAGAUCCAGAUAAAAUAUAGAGAGUACAUGAUAUAUAGUUUCCAUUGGGAUGUUAUUUUGUGAACAGUUCUAGAGCAACCUUAUAGAAAUAGGAGGAAUGGGAGCCAUAAUAGUUUACCAUAAAUAUUCAAGAAUUGUUAGCCAACUCAUUUUAUCCUGGUUAAGGGCCUAAGAAAAGAGUGGUGGUGACUGGGCUGACUUUAGGCUUUUGUGCUAGGUAUUCAUGAUUUCAUUUGGUCAUUCUCUACUAGGCAUGUCCCAUGAAGAACUUACUGAGAGUUCUGAGAGUAAAUUUGAAGCACCUCUUUCAAAUAUAGAUGGCAACAGUGUGUUCCUUGCUGUUUGUUUUAAAAAGUCCUGGUGUUUGUUAACUGAGACAAUAGGGCAGUAUAGCCUGUUCUAUGAAGCAUUCAAAGUGGAGAGGAGAGCAUAAGGCACUUGAAAGUCACUAAACUGUCUGAAAAGUAAUAUAUAUUAAAAACAGAAUGGAAUCAGUGCAACAGUGGGAAUUACCUUUUACGAGUAUCCAUUCACAAUCUUCAUUUCUUUGGAGCCAUCCUUUAAACAAAAGAAAGGCAAUUUUUAGGUGGACUGAAAGCUUAGAUAAGGUUAUAAGGAUUAUAAAUGUUCAGGUUAUUAGGAUUUAUAAAUUAUAAAUUUUCUACUGGUUUAAGUCAUUAAUUCUUUGUCUUUUUUUUUUUUUUUAAAGGUUUGGACUUCCCAUAAAACUUUGUAUAACAAAAUAAAAAUGUAAUUGAA